AUGUCUUGGGCAGGUCCAAACGGUAAUAACAAUCCUUGGGGUCGCCCAGGUGGCCCUCAAGGCCUCUGGAGCUUCAUCCACUCCCUCGACCCCAACAUGCGCGCCGGCGCCGGUGUAGACCACUCCACCGGCCCCGGUCCCUGGGCAAACUUCCCCCCAGGCUUCCCCUUCCACGGUGCCGAACACCCCUUUGGCGGCGGCCCCGGUGGCCCUGGCGGCUGGGGAGGUCCCUACGGCGGUUGGGGUGAUUUCCGCGGUGGAUUCGGUGGUCGUCGCCGCGGUGGCGGUCGAUGCGGCGGCAGAGGUCACCACGGACGACGCGGCGACAUGAACGACGGCGAGGGCGAGGUCGUCGACGAGACCAUGCGCAACGCAGACGAUACCCCCGAAGAGGGCGACUUCUCCGACAAGGAAAAGGACGACUCCCCCGAUACCAUGCGUGACGGUCCCAACGAAGACGGCCCCGAGCACGCAGGUCAUCCCCAUCCCCACCCUCACCACCACCAUGGCCCCGGCCGCCGCGGCGGUCCAGGCCGCGGAGGUCGCGGAGGUCGCUUCGGCGGUGGACCCCCCGGCGGCGGAUCCGAUCCCUGGGGCGCGCGCCACAGCAGACACGGCCACCACGGCCACCGGGGCCCACCACCUCCCCCCGCCGGCACCUUUGAUUUCGCAAACUGGCAAGAGUGGCUGAACCAGUUCGCCGACCACCCCUUUGCCCAACAAGUCCGCGACUGGGCCACCCGCUUCGGCGGUCUCAACAACAACGCCGCCGGCACCCGCGAUGGUGGUGCGGCCGCCGACAACGACAACGCCGACAUGGACUCGGCAUUCACGCCCCCCGUCGACGUCUUCUCCACGGACCGCGCCUAUGUGCUGCACUUUGCCCUCCCCGGCGCCAAGAAGGAGGACGUCGGCGUGAACUGGGACGCCGACAGGGGCGAGCUACGCGUCGCGGGCGUGGUGUACCGGCCCGGCGACGAGGACUUCCUGGCGACUUUGGCGUCCGGGGAGCGGAGGAUCGGAAUGUUUAGCCGGUCUGUGCCGCUGCCGCCUCGUACGCGUCAGAAUGCUCCUGCUGCCUCGGAGAGAGGGGAGGAGAUUGACGCGCUGGCUAUCACGGCCAAGAUGGAGGAUGGAAUCUUGGUGGUGACUGUGCCCAAGGUCGAGAAGGAGUGGACUGAGAUUCACAAGGUUGACAUCGAGUAG